AUGGCCGGAGCUGACAAGGACCAAGAUUUAACCUUCCCUACCUUGACCUAUACCACAGAAUACUAUGACUAUGAUGAAGAAUCAAGUGGAAUGUGCAUAAAAUCAGAAGUCCGACAAUUUGCCCAAUAUUUUCUUCCACCUUUCUACUUCUCUGUGUUUCUUUUAGGGUUGGUGGGGAAUGUCUUGGUUGUAGUGUUGUACGCUUACUACAAGAGGAUCAAAACCAUGACAGAUGUUUAUCUCCUAAACCUAGCUAUUGCUGACAUCCUCUUCCUCUGCACUCUGCCAUUUUGGGCACUGAAUGAAAUAUCUGGAUGGAUCUUUGGAAACUUCAUGUGCAAAACAGCUAACAGCAUCUAUAAGAUCAACUUCUUCAGCUGCAUCUUGUUGUUGUCCUGCAUCAGCAUUGACCGUUACAUUGCUAUUGUGAAAGCAGUGAAAGCGCGGAGUUCAAAGAAAAAAAUACUUCUUCAGAGCAAGUUAACCUCUCUAAUUGUCUGGGUGACUGCUGUACUGUUGUCUCUGCCAGAGUUCUGCUUCAGCUCACAGGAUGAAACCCGAAGAAGUUGCUCUACAGUCUAUCCGGAGAAGAACCUGAAAGCCACAGGGUUUGCAGUUCAGGUGGCUGCUGGAUUUUUCCUGCCUUUUGCUGUCAUGACAGUUUGCUAUUCCAUGAUUGUUUGGAAGCUUCUCCGGGCCAGAAGCUUUCAAAAGCACCGAGCUAUAAAAGUGAUAGGGGCUGUGGUAGCUGUCUUUGUCCUCUCUCAGUUGCCAUACAACAGCAUCAUAAUCGUGAAAGCCAUGGAUGCAAUCAAUAUUACAAUAACCGACUGCCAAACCCUCAAGAACCUGGACAUUGCCACCCAGAUUACACAGUGCAUUGCUUUCCUGCACUCUUGUCUGAACCCACUGCUGUAUGCAUUUAUAGGAGUAAAGUUCCGAAAAGAUCUGUUGAAAAUCAUGAAAGAUAUAGGCUGCAUCAGGACCUUAACCAAACCACAGCAGAACUCUUGUAAAUCCUCUCCUGAUUAUUCAGAAAGUGAAGUGACAGGGACAUUUUCCUUAUAA